CAGCGCUGUCAGCGGCGGCCGCCCCCUCCUCGGACAUGAAGCCGAGCCCCGCGGGCGCCGCGCCGGCGGCGGGGCCGGCACCGGGAGCGGCACCGGGAGCGCCCGAUGCGCGCUGGAGGGAGAAGGGCGAAGCGGAGGCGGAGCGGCAGCGCACCCGGGAGCGGCUGGAGGCCACGCUGGCCGGGCUGGGCGAGCUGGAGUACCUGCGGCAGCGCCAGGAGCUGCUGGUGAAGAGCCUCCUGCUGCGGCGGCCGGCGGGAGCGGCGCCCGGGGCGCAGGGCGGCCGCGGGGACGCGCCGGGAGAGGGGCCGCCGCCGCGCAGCCUGGAGGAGAAGUUCCUGGAGGAGAACAUCCUCCUCCUGCGGAGGCAGCUGAACUGCUUGAGGAGGAGGGAUGCUGGCUUAUUAAAUCAGUUACAAGAGCUGGAUAAGCAAAUAAGUGAUCUCCGCCUGGACGUGGAAAAAACAACAGACGAACACCUUGAGACAGACAGUCGUCCAAGUUCAGGGUUUUAUGAGCUGAGUGACGGAGCCUCUGGAUCGCUUUCCAAUUCAUCUAACUCUGUCUUCAGUGAGUGUUUAUCCAGUUGCCAUUCUAGCACUUGCUUUUGCAGCCCUUUGGAGGCAACACUGAAUAUCUCAGAUGGACGCCCUAAAUCUGCAGAUCUCAUAGGCUGGAUGGACUAUAAUAAGGAAGGCCAGCAUGAGGACCAGACCGCAGGCUCUGUCUGUCGCUCUUUGUCCACACCGCACUCAAAUUCCCUCGAUGUCGUUGCAGAUGUACACCCCAAGUACCAGUGCGAUCUGGUGUCUAAAAACGGGAACGACAUCUACCGCUACCCCAGCCCGCUCCACGCUGUGGCUGUGCAGAGCCCCAUGUUCCUCCUCCCCGUGACUGAGAACCCCCAGCGAGAAGAGGAGAGGCUCCUCGGUGGCGAUAUUAGCGACGUUUGCACCCCGUCGGAAACGGACUCGGGACAAUCCGCCAACGCCUUCCUCCCGCAGAGCUCCUGGCCGGCGCCCUGCCCUGCCACCAGCAAGAGGAUAGACAGUUACAUCUUAAGCCUGGUCCAGAAAAAGACUCACGCGGUAAGGACUAACAAACCCAGGACGAGCCUCAACGCCGAUCCCACCAAAGGGAUCCUGAGGCACGGGAGCAUGUGCGUCAGGCAGCCGGCAGCCGUGGUGGCUCACGGCAACGUCGUGAGCCUGAAGAGCUCCAAGCAGGUGUGUUUGCCUCCCGGUGGGGCCCCCGCUGUGGACCACACGGCACCCUCUCCCUUAAAGCAGAGGCCGAGGGAGCCGGCUGGCGAGCAGCUGGAGAGCAGGAAGGCACCUUUGCCGGCAGCUUUCCCACCCGGCACAACGACGGAACUGCAGAGCAAGCACCUGCCACGGGGCGUCAAAGCGGCACCGCCGGAGCUCAACCGCAGCGCGGCGGCCACAGCGGGGGAUGUGCCCAAGGAGAACGGCCAGCUCUUCGCUGCGUCUCCCAAAGAGAGCCCAGGGAAGCCCGUGGUGCUGCAGCCGGAGAACAGGGUCAGCCAACCUCCCAAAAAGAUCCUGCUGAAGAGCAGCUUGCAGGCAGCUCGCUCCUCAUCGCCGGCUGUCGAGGAGAGGCCCGCGCUGGAUUUCAAAAGCGAGGGCUCUUCGUCGCAGAGCCUGGACGACGGGCUGCUGGUGAACGCCCAGUACAUCCCGGCCCAGCAGCAGAGCAUGAAACUGCACAAGGGCACCCGCAACGUCAAGAUUUUGAAAAGCUCCGCCUUGAAACACAGGUCCCACCUCGCCAACGGGCUGGAGAACAGCUCGCAGACCUUGCGGGAGAAAACCAAACCGGCGGGCAAGAAGUGCCGCUUUCCCGAGGAGUUGGAUACAAAUAAGAAACUGAAAAAGCCCUCGUCCCGGGGGAAGAGAGGUGGCGGGUUGCCGCUGGAGCCGGGUCCCCCCAGCCGGCAGGGUGGCCUGCACAGAUCCGCCCUCCGCUCCCACGGGCACGGCCGAGAGGUCGUGGUGGCCAAGCCGAAACACAAGCGAGCCGACUACCGCCGGUGGAAGUCGUCGGCGGAGAUCUCCUACGAGGAGGCCCUGCGGAGGGCCAGGAGGAACCGGCGGGAGGGCGUGGGGGUCUACCCGCAGGUGCCCCUGCCCUACGUCAGCCCCUACGCCUAUGUGGCCAGCGACUCGGAGUACUCGGCCGAGUGCGAGUCCUUGUUCCACUCCACCGUGGUGGACACGAGCGAGGACGAGCAGAGCAACUACACGACGAACUGCUUUGGAGACAGCGAGUCAAGCCUGAGCGAGGUGGAGUUCGUAGGGGAGAGCACGACCACCAGCGACUCUGACGAGAGCGGGGGCCUGAUUUGGUCCCAGUUUGUCCAGACGCUCCCCAUCCAGACGGUCACGGCGCCGGAGCUGCAUGAAAAUGCGGCGAAGGCCUUUGUCAAAAUCAAAGCCUCCCAUAACCUCAAGAAGAAGAUCCUCCGCUUUCGGUCAGGCUCCCUGAAGCUCAUGACGACCGUCUAGUGAGGUGACUUGGUGGAAUGUAUCUGCUUCUGCUUUCGGAAGCAAGGUGCUUUUUUUUUUUGUACAUAUUUCCACAGAUUUUUUUUUUUUCUUUUUAUACAAAUAUUUAAAACUUAAAGGUAAAUUAUGUCACUUGUCUUCAGAACUUGGGUGGAUACUAGUGCCUUUUACAUGGAAAUAAAAGACCGUUAUA